GGAUACCCUUCUUUUUUCUUUUUUCUUCUCUCUCUUUUCUUUUUUUUCGUUUCUAAAUUACAGAACUUUAAGGUUCUUAUCAGGGAAAAAUGCCUAAGCGGAGUAAAUUGCUUCAGGCUCUGGAUGACCACCGGGGUCGCGAUUAUGAGGCUGAGAAGCAGAAGAAGCUAGUUAAGGCGGCGGAAAAGAGGAAGGCUGCUAAAAAGGCUGCUGCUGGGGAGGAUGGUGUUCAGGCGAAGGAUAAGGCCGAAGACCUGAAGUCCAAGAAGCGCGAAGCCGAGGAAGAGGUCGAAGAGGAAGGAUCAAGCGACGAGGAGGAGGAAGAGGAAAAGGAGGAGACCUCCGAUAAGGAAGAAGAGGAAGAGGAAGAAGAAGAAGAAGAAGAAGAAGAAGACAUCCCGCUCUCUGAUCUCUCGGACGACGAAAGAGAAGACGUCGUACCACACCAACGUCUCACGAUCAACAACUCCGCCGCAAUCAAUGCCUCCCUCAAGCGCAUCUCCUUCAUCACACCCAAGACCCUAUUCUCUGAGCACAAUUCGCUAGUCUCGCAAGAGCCGAUUGACGUCCCCGACCCCAACGAUGACUUGGCUCGCGAGCUGGCCUUCUACAAGGUUUGCCAGGCGGCUGCUUCGACGGCGCGUGGACUACUCAAGAAGGAGGGUAUCCCGUUUACUCGGCCUGGAGAUUACUUUGCUGAGAUGGUUAAGACGGAUGAGCACAUGGGCAAGAUCAAGAAGAAGCUGUAUGAUGAGGCGGCGGGCAAGAAGGCGGCUGCGGAGGCUCGCAAGCAGCGUGAUCUGAAGAAGUUCGGAAAGCAGGUCCAGGUCGCCAAGUUGCAGCAGCGCGCGAAGGAGAAGCGUGAGACUUUGGAGAAGAUCAAUGAUCUGAAGAAGAAGCGCAAGGCCAAUCCCUCCGGCCCUACAGACAAUGACAACGAUAUGUUCGACAUCGCUAUCGAUAACUCCGAGUCCAAGGGCCGCAAGCGUGGCCGUGAGGAUGGUGGCGGUCCCAACCUGAAGCGUCAGAAGAAGAACGAGAAGUACGGUUUCGGCGGGAAGAAGCGCCAUGCCAAGAGCGGUGAUGCUAUGUCCAGUGGAGACCUGCGCAGUUUCUCAGUGAAGAAGAUGAAGGGGGGUGCUAAGAGGCCUGGUAAGAGCAAGAGAGCUGCUGCCAAGGGACGGAUGUGAUUGACUUCUUUGUUCUUCUUAUUUUUGCUUGUAUGGGAUGUAAAAGCUGGCUUUAUGGGGUUUCAAAAAAGAAUACUGUCGAUUAUCUCCUAGACUCUGGAUCUAGAAUCGUGGAAUUAUUCCGCGGUUUCGGGUUUGCUCUAUGUGUACAUUGAAAUAAUAUGGAUGACCUUGUCCACAGCACCUGCCUUCUUAUACUAGUACAUUCUAAGUACUUGCUGGCAAAAGAGAUAUGUUAACAUCGCUGACAAAGGCAUGCCCAGCCAUGUCAAAUGCCAUACCAGCUAUACGGCGGCCCUAAGAUUGCACUGACGGCUUUGGAAGCAUAAUAAGCUUACCAACGCUUCGAUGACCCUAAAAUUGCAGUGAGAGGCUCUGCUCACUAGCAUGGGGUCACU